AUGGUCCAUUUCAAACCGAGAUCUAUCCUUGUGAGUUUUCUUCUUUUAUUUUCUUCUUUAAGCAUUUUUUUAGAAAGGACUAAUUUUAAUUGCUUUGGCGGUGGUUUUCUAUAACCGUGAGGCUUUGGUGGCGAAAAAGAGGAGGAAUAUUUUCGUUCGAGUCGGAAAAGAACCUGAGAAACAAGCUCAUUUAUUUGAAAACCAGUGCAAGUUUGCCUGGCUGCAACCACAGGAGCCUGGAUAUUAUGUGAGUUUUUUUUGAUUUUUUUUGCGAAAUUAUGAACUCGAGACUUAUUUUAAUGGACAUGGUGCUGAUAAAAAUCUCAAAAAAGCUCAUAAUAUUUUCGAAGAGUUUUUUUUGUGAGUUUUCAGCUCUUAUUUAAUUUUUCGAAAUUUAUCUAGGUAGGCUUUGAAAAUAAAUUUCACGACUUGAAAAAAAUUGUCUGACUUGUCUGUGCCUUCUUUCCUCUCACCGAACAGCAGGUCAUAUCAAAAGGAAGCGAGAGAGAGAAGAGGGCACAGAUAGGUCAGAAUUUUUCAAGAUAUGACGAAUGAAAUCCAGUUUAUGUGUAAACGAAUGAAAUUCAGUUUAUGUGUUCUCUUGUUCCUGACAAAUUUUUAAAAAGUACCGAGAAGUUCCGAAAAAUGGAAAAAAAUAUCAUUCAGAAACACGUCAAGAAGGUCAUCGACAGCCCGGAAUGUCCCAAAAAGUACGACGACGUCAUCAUUCGGGACGGAGUUUCCGGAGAAUUCCGUUUCGGAAACGGCUCUACGGGAAAUGAGACAUGCCAAGUCCAAGUGAUAAAAGGUGCCCUUAGGCCGAGGGCCAGGAGUUUCAAGCUGGAAAAUGAAGAGACGGUAUUUUUCAAAAUUUUCUCAUGAAAAUAAAUGUUUUCUUAAGCUUGUUCCUACGGAAUCGCCGUUCUGGAUAAAUGCCGAUAAUUUUCUGAUCACUUGCAAUGAAGGAAAGAAAGAAGUCUUCAGAAGGCAAUACAUGGGCUUGAAAGACGAAAGGACUCCCAUGCUGAUUGUUCCAGGUUUCGUUCUGCAGUUUUUCUUUCUCAAAAGAUGGGAAAUAUCUGAAAAUUUUUAAAAAAGCCAAUUUUUACAAGAAAGGUUUUUAACUUAGCGGUUGUGAAUUUCCUGAAAAUUGGCCAGAACUCAUCUUGAUGUACAAUAUAAAGUACCGUGCAAUAAGAUAUACAAUUUCCCUUUUUUCGUCAUAACUUUUGCAGGAGUUGUCCAAUUUCUGUCAAACUUUCUACAGAUGUUUCCCGCAGAUCCAGUAUGUUAAAAAAAUCAGCUAGGUAGCUAAUUGUUGUAGUAAGUUACAGCUUGAAACCUGGAAUCAACGAAAUCUCCAAAUUGAUUAAUACACGAUAGGAAACAGUUAUUGAACUUAUUUUUAUAAUUUACUAAAGCUUUGAGCUCAUUCUACCAUUGAUUGCUUCACUGUAAAACUGUUACCCAGUAAAUAUCCUGAGAGUCCUAAAUUCCUAGUUUUUGAGAAACUUGAACCUCAAAGAGAGCCCUCAAAAUCCGUUUAAACAGUCUAUGAUGAGAAUUUAAACCCUGAAAUCAGGAAAUUGUGCAAAAUACCUUCACGUGGUACACCAAAAAGUGUUCUGGCCAUUUUUCAGCCUGAACAAAAUGAUCCUUGUAAAGCAUGACUUGAAUCGUUCAAGCUAAUGAUUUAUUUUUAAUCUCAAAUUAUUUAAGGAACCCAACCUGCGGCCUCGGCGGACAACGGCUUCCUCCACGGGGUGAUGUCGGUCAGCAUCUUGGUCCUGGAUUCCGUUUCAAGGUCUCAAUUCGCCCGCCACAUGCCGCUCUCCACUAAAAUCAUGGAAGAUCUCGGAUUCGUCACCAUGAACGCCUACAACAAGGUAAUUUUCAAUUUUCACAAAAAGCUUUGAGCUUUUUCAAAUUUGAAGCACGUGGAGAUCAAAAUGAUACCUUGAAAGCUACAGAAGCACAUACGUUUCACAAAAACAAUAAAUCUCUUCCAGUUUUGGUUUUUUUUGUUAAAAGCAGAAAUCGACUAAGGUAUUCACAUAGUUUUUCGCAAGAUACUGUAAAUAUAAAUAACAAAUUGAAACUGAGUAAGUCAAAAAAAAAUUAAAAAAUAAAAAUAUGAACGAAUGGACAGAACAGAUUUGGGGUCAAAGAAAGAGAAGAAUAAAUGGUUUUCUUUUGAAUAAGUUUUCAUUAACUUAGUUGAAGCCAGCGUCUGAACAGACGUCACAGAACUUCUUCGUCAUCUUUUUUGAACCGCUCGAGCGGUCCCGUAGUCGAUUAGCCUAGGUCCUAUUCUGAUUUAAAUUAUAAUCAGGGGACUGGCUCUAGUGACAUGUCCGUCCUUGUCUGUGUCAGCUGGUUUGGGCCGAGGCUGGGAUCGAACUUGUAAACCUGUGGGCCGUAGACAAGCACACAACCUGUUGCGCUACGGUACACCCCGAAAAGCAGAAAAUUUGAUUUUAUCAUUUUUGACACUGCUUUCUAGGUUCAAGCUCAAUAUUUUGAUAUCCAAAAGACUUGUACCUUGGGAAUUUAUGUUUGAAAGAAUCCAAUAAAUAAGAUCUUUCUAGGUCGGCGACAACAGCGCCGUCAACCUGAUCCCGAUCCUGGCCGGUCCAUUGAAAGAAGCCCGAAAACAGCCUCUCUUCGACUCUUCUGGAGACGUCAACGUCGCCAGAAUCAUGCCCUUCGACGCCUCCAUCGACCCGAGUGACGUCGACUGGAUCUGGAAGCAGAUGAGCGGCUGCGCCACGAUGCUCAACGACGACAUCAUGAACAUCGGAAGAGGGCUCUUUCAUUAUCCACCUCGGUAUUUCAAGCAAGGUUUAUCUUUUUUCACCUUUUUUGGGAGGAUCCUGGGUGUACUUUCACAAAAUUCGUUCUGUUCUCACUUUUUUUCUCAAGGUUCGACUAGGAAGUUGUCUCCUUUCACAAUAAAACUUCUGAUCAGAUUCACCAGAUUCCGUUUUUCACGCAGAUUCAGAAUCCGUGCUCGAAAACUAUCAAGAAAGCCUGUGAAGAAGUUUGAAAAUCUCAAAACAAAGAAAAUUUAUUUUCCUGAGCUAUUUCUGAAUAGAGCUGGCCUUGAUGGACACGAAAAUCGAAUUUUUUUUUUUUUUUGAUAAAAUUUUUGAGCCAAGGUAUACAUUUAUUCUGAAAUUCGUAGGACGUUCCAGAUUCUACAAAUUUUCAAAGAUUUUAUCGAAAAACUUGCGAGAUUCAAAAAUUCUCAAAAAUAAACUAAACUGAAAGAAUUGAUAAAAAAACCCUCCCCUUUUCAAAUCAAAAAAAGUCGUUACAGUUUUUUUUGUACGACACUCCGCCGAAACGCUUCGAAAAUCGGUUAAAAGUAUAUGAGGUUAAAGAGGAAGGUUUUCUCUAUUUUUCCUCCAGUUUUCUCCUUUUUUGGUUCAAUAUUGCCUUUCUACAAAAACAACGAACACGAAAUCGCGAAAAAGGGCGGGGCUUUGCAGUCUCUACCCUUAUCCCAAGAAUCUCCUAACAUUUUUUCUUGAUUUCCUGAGAUUUUCCAACUUUACAGGCUUCCGAGAGCCACCUGUGGACCACUACUACCGUCCAUACUACGUGAAUCUGUACAAAGAGAUGAAUAACCACUGGAAAAUGUGCCACGACGGCCGUUUUCUGUCGGAAGAGUUUCUGGACGCCUGGUUUCGGUUCGAAAAGAGAUUUUCCAAUGCCUGUCAUUUCGGCUUCACUUUCAUCGCUAGGUGAGUUCUUUCACCUUUUUUUCUGAAAUUUUAAAAAUCUACAGUGCCACUCACGAUAAUCCAAACGAUCUUCAACUGCUGGAUGAGCAGCUCUCCGAUCGGUUGACUAGGCUCAAGGUUUUCAUUUUUAUUUUAUAUUUAUCAUCGUUCUUAUAAUAUCAAAAACCUUUUUUUUCAAGGAGCUAGGAGCCUUUGAAAGAACAGCUUUCAUAAUUAUGGGCGAUCAUGGGCAACGCGUGAGCAAAUUGAGCAGACAUUCCAUGGCUGGAAAAAUUGGUACGCUUCUUUUUUCAAUUUUCCAAAUUUUUGAAUAUUUAGAGGAGCGAGCCCCGUUUCUCUCCAUCAUGAUGCCCGAAUCAUUCCGGAGAAAACAGCCGACAGAAUUUUUCAACCUUCAGCAGAAUUCUCAACGCUUUAUCUCGUUUGUUUUUAAAUGAGUCCGAAGUUUAUUUGAAAAUAUUUAAGAAACUUCGAUCUUCACGAAACUUUACAAUCGAUAAUAUCGAGAGACUACACGAGUACACCCUUCCAAACUAGAGGUUCGCUUAUAGUUCAUUUAUCCCGACUUAGACGAGAUGGGUAGAUUAGCAAAGGGGGACGCGUUGCGUAAGCGUCGCGGAUUUUUGGCGGGGAGCUCGAGGAAAAAAGCCAACUUCCAAUUUUCCUACUUUUUUGACAAUUUUUUAAUUACUUUUAGUUUUUUAUGUUUUUGAAAGGAUUCAGUUGAACGAAUCAAAGUUAAAAACGAUUUUACAAUUUUACCAUAAAUACGCUCGACCUUUUCCCGCCAAAAACCGCGUCGCGUACGCAACGCGUCACUCUGGCCAAUCUGUCCAAGUAACCUUUCAAGUCGAGAAGAAUGGACUAUUCCUAGUUUUUUCAAUUUUCUAACUAGCAAAUUUCAGGAAGAAGCUUGUUCCUGAGACACGACCCCGACCGAGAUUGCAUUCGAAAUAACGUUGUCAGCAAUUUUUGCCUCUGUAUGGUUGAUGCUUAUGAAGAUCUGAAAGGUUAGGAAGAAUACAUGAUGGAAAAUAUUAUUGUCAUUAUUUUUAGCGAAGCCAAAAAAGGAGCAACUGACGAUGACGUUGCAGGAAUACGUCAGAGAAGAAAAGCUUUGUCUAAUACCGGGAACAGUUGUAUGUUCUGAUGUGGUGAUGCAGCUUUCGAAAAUAUUCUUAUUUAUUAUUUUUUUAGAUAACAAGUUGGAUGCCGAAUCCACAAGUUCAAGUUUCAUCUCGGGCCAAGCUUUCUGUGGAAGAAUUGAAGAAAUUGAAUCGGAAACCUAUCGAGGUGAUUUUUUUGAGCAUUUUUUUAUUUGAAAAAGUUUAUUUUUUUCAAUAAUUAUUUACGAUUGAAUAAUGAAAGAGCUACCAUUAAAAAAAGUUCAAGUAGAAUUCUUCCGUUUUUCGAUCCAAACUUAAAUUUUAAAAGUCAAAAAAAAAAUGAAAUAGGUUAAAAAAAGUUGAGAAAUGAUCAAAAACCUGGUUUCAAUAGCUCCAAUUCUGAUUUCCAGUACGUCUACAUCGAAACCCAAUGCCGAAUGACGUCACAGAAAGAUGAUGACGUGCUUCUGGACGUCAGAUUCCGUUGGCAACAGCCCAAAUCCGAGCCCGUCAUCGUCUACCCGCCAAUGAUCACUUCCCAUGGAAACUGCUCUCAUUUUUCCUUCAUUCAGGAUUACUGUAACUGUUUAGGUUUUUGA